ACUACAAAAACUAAGACUGAAUGAAUGACAGGCCUGACUAUAAAUCAGAAAGAGAACUGAGAGAUUGUCUGACCAUCCCCUUUAGGUUGAGGAACUUUGCUUGAUGGUUUCUCAUGGGCUCACAGUUGUGACACUAUUUCCUGGUUUGCUUAUCUGCUUUAUAAACCAAAUCCCUUUUUGUCUUGUGGCUUUCUUCAAAAUUGUUCAUCCACACUUCUCUUGAUCUUCUCUUUCUACACAGCACAACAUCAUGGGAAACUUUGCUGCAAAUGAAGGACUGUCCAUUUUUGUUAUUCUGGUAUGGCUCGGCAUCAAUGUGUUUCUCUUUGUGAAUUCUUACAUGGCAUUUUUGGUUGAUAGAUACUACUAUACUAGAGUCAUCCUUGGGCAUGCUCUCUCAUGGGCCAGAGCUCCAGCUGCAUGUCUGAAUUUUAACUGCCUGUUGAUCUUGCUGCCCGUCUGCAGAAACCUGCUCUCGUUCCUACGCGGAUCCAUACAGUACUGUAGCCGCACUGCAGCCCGUCAGCUAGACAGAAACCUCACUUUCCACAAACUAGUGGCCUACAUGAUUGCCCUCCACACAGCCAUCCACAUCAUAGCUCACUUGUUCAACUUUGAGAGAUUCAUGGAUUCCCAGAUUAUGAUCAACAGCAGUCACCUGCCUUAUGUGCUUUCUCAGAUUGGCAACAAUGACAACAGAUCCUACCUCAACCCUAUCAGAACCAAUGAGACGAACCCAACCAUAGUGAUGUUUACUACUAUAGCAGGACUGACGGGGGUGGUCAUCACCCUCGCCCUCAUCCUCAUCAUCACUUCCUCCAUGGAGGUCAUCAGAAGGUCAUAUUUCGAGGUCUUCUGGUUCACCCAUCAUCUGUUCAUCGUCUUUUUCAUUGGUUUGGUGGCUCACGGAAUUGGGCGUAUCGUGCGAGGCCAGACUGUGGAAAGUGUAAAGGUUCAUGACCCAGUUGAAUGUCACAGCAAGUUCGAGACCUGGGGUCAAAAUGGCACCGACUGCCCAGAACCUAUCUUUGCUGGGAAUCCCCCGAUGACAUGGAAGUGGGUGGUUUGCCCAAUGUUUCUAUAUGUAUGUGAGAGACUGGUGCGUUUCUAUCGCUCACAGCAGAAAGUGGUUAUCACCAAGGUAGUGAUGCACCCAUCCAAGACCCUUGAGCUGCAGAUGAAGAAGAAGGGCUUUAAGAUGGAGGUCGGUCAGUAUGUUUUCAUGCAGUGCCCGUCCAUCUCUCAGCUAGAGUGGCAUCCCUUUACCUUGACCUCUGCCCCGGAGGAAGACCACCUUAGUGUGCAUAUCCGAAUUGUAGGGGAUUGGACACAAGCCCUUUAUACAGCCUGUGGAGGUGACAAAACUGUGGUGCUGGAUGCUUGGACACUACCAAAGAUGGCUGUGGAUGGACCGUUUGGGACGGCCAGUGAGGAUGUCUUUCGUUAUGAAGUUGUGAUGCUUGUGGGUGCCGGUAUUGGUGUGACACCUUUCGCUUCCGUUCUAAAGUCUGUGUGGUACAAACACGUCCAGGAGAACAAAAACGUUUUCACCAAAAAGAUCUAUUUCUACUGGCUCUGCCCGGAGACGCAGGCUUUCGAAUGGUUUGCAGACCUGCUGCAGAGUUUGGAAAGGCAGAUGAAUGAAAAAGAAUUGAGGGAUUUCCUCAGUUACAACAUCUAUCUAACGCGCUGGAAAGAUGCUGAGGCGGCCCAUCUUAGAGUUCAAUAUGAGGCAGAGGACGAUCCCAUCACCGGCCUUAAGCAGAAGACUCGGUAUGGUAAACCCAACUGGGACAAUGAGUUCAGUGCCAUCGCUACCCAACACCCAGGUUCAAAAGUAGGCGUUUUUCUGUGUGGUCCUACGGCUUUGGCCACAGCUCUGGGGAAACAGUGUAUGUCACACACUGAAUCUGGAACUGAGUUUAUAUUCAACAAAGAAAACUUCUGAUGUGCUUCACAAAGUGUGCCAAAUCAUAUGUAUCAGAACCCAUGGAUGCUGAUAAACACAUUUUAAAUCAAUGUAAAUGCUGGAAAAAUUACGUCUUAAAGGGGACAUAUGAUGUUG